AUGUUGUCGGAUCUUCCGAGGGAUUUGGCAGAGGAAGUCCUGAGUAGGCUUCCGAUGACAUGUAACAGAGCGGUGCGAAGUGUUUGCAAGAGAUGGAACACUUUAUCCAAAGGUCGGGGCUUUACAAAGAAGCACCUUGCUCGAGUGAAAGCAGCAGCGGCAAGGGAGUCAACAACAAUGGUGGUCGUAGUGAUAAGUCAUCGGCUUUAUUUGAUGAGCGUAAACCUCCACAAGGGCGUCGACACGUCUUUUAGCCGUCAAGGUAAACUUAUUAGCAGCCUAGAAGACGAUUAUGGUGAUGGAGUCGAUAUAUUUCAAGUGUACCACUGCGACGGUUUAUUGUUUUGCCUCACAAAAGGCCAAACUAGGUUCGUCGUUUGGAAUCCGUAUUCUGGCCAAACCCGUUGGUUCAAACCAUUAGCUUUUACCUCUAGAAUGCGCAGCUGUAACUAUGCUAUAGGAUACGAGGAGAGUAGUAGCAGAUCAUCACGCCGACGCAGCUACAAAGUUUUGAGGUUCGGUGAAUCUUUCCAAGGACAUGUUCGGUACGGACUCUACUACGUGAACUCUUACAAGGAUGAUGUCACAACCCAUGUCACUAUCCUGACGGACUGGUUUGUAGAGUGUGAUGCACGCGGCGUGUCUUUAAAUGGGAAUACCUAUUGGUUUGCUCAGGGGAAGAUGCCGCCAGGCGUUGAUGCAUUAUCAGCGUCCCCUGAUUUCUUGAUCUGUUUCGAUUUUACCACAGAGAGAUUCGGACCGCACUUAACUGUACCGUUUCGCUAUAACACCGAGGAUACCGUGACGCUAUCGAGUGUUGGAGAUGAGCAACUUGCUGUGUUACAUCAGGACCAGUACACAUUACGUAUGCAGAUAUGGAUUACGACUAAGAUUGAGCCUCAAGUGGUGUGGUGGAGCAAGUUGUGCUUCUUAGCGGUGGAUAUGGAACCACUCGUUGGUGAUCCCUUUGACUCAGCGUGUUUCUUUGUUGACGAGGAGAAGAAACUCGCCGUGGUUCUUGAAAAUGACAUGGUAGCUUAUAUCGUUGGAGAGGAUGGAUAUCUCAAGAAAGAGGACUUGGGAGGAUCUUCAAACAUAUGCAACGACGCACUUGUGUACUCUCUUGUUCCAAGUUUAGCGCAAAUCAAACGACUAGGCACCAAAAGGAAGAAAAGUACCAGGUUUCAACUGAGUUUUUAA